UUGGAUUUAGGAGGAGAGCAGCAGUGUAAGGUGCUGUGCCUUUAAGAGCAGUGUGUUUGUUUAGAACCUCCUCCUCUCCCUCUCUGGCUGCAAUGUGCAGUUAGUUAGCAGACAGGCUCUGGGCAGCAGCAUGGGAACUGUAUUCCCUGUAUUUACACAAGGCUCAACUGAGAUGCUAUGCAGUGACUCCAAGUAAGUUCUGCUGAAUAUACCUGCCUGGUGGGCUGACGUUUCCUGCAUAGACUUAGCCUAAGGAUAUCCCAGCUAUACAAAACCCACACAGGGAUUCUGACGGAGAUACAGAGAAGAAGAAGAACAAGGAUUGCUGGGGCUGCUGUAGGCAAAAAUCACAAUCAUCAACUCUGACGGGAAUAUAAAAGCUUUUGCUCACAGCCACGACAAGUUGCCAUUGGAUCUUGGAGGUGUGCACCAAGCAUGCACUGUGGAUAAGCGAGCGCUGCGCUACCUAUAGCACAAACUUGUGAGUUCAGAAAAAGAAGGAAAAAAAAAAUCCUGCAGAAGAUCAGAUUGUCUGACAGUUGUCCUGUGUUUGGUGACAUCUAACAGUUCUUGGCUUUACUUGGGUGGUUUUGUGUUUUUUUUUUUUUUUUGACCAAAUGUUACCAAGCGUCGUGAAGAAAAAGAUGUGCUACGUAGGUUUCUGGAAACUGUCCAUCUCUUUGGGUUUGGUACUGGUCACACUAAGCGAGGUGGCACCACAGCCUUGUCCAUCUCAAUGCUCUUGUUCGGGCACCACCGUGGACUGCCAUGGGCUCACCCUGCGGAGCGUGCCACGGAACAUCCCAAGAAACACAGAGCGUCUAGACCUGAAUGCCAAUAAUAUCACUAGAAUCUCCAAAACAGACUUUGCUGGAUUAAGACACCUCCGGAUCUUGCAGCUUAUGGAGAACAAGAUUACCACCAUUGAGAGGGGAGCAUUCCAAGACCUGAAAGAACUGGAAAGACUGCGCCUUAACCGAAACAAUCUGCAGGUGUUCCCUGAACUUCUUUUCCUGGGGACUCCAAAACUCUACAGACUUGACCUCAGUGAGAACCAGAUCCAAGCCAUCCCGAGAAAGGCCUUCCGUGGUGCUGUAGAUAUUAAAAAUCUGCAGCUGGAUUAUAACCAGAUCAGCUGUAUUGAAGAUGGGGCAUUCAGAGCACUGCGCGACCUGGAAGUACUCACUCUCAACAAUAACAACAUUACUCGACUUUCGGUGGCAAGCUUUAACCACAUGCCUAAACUCAGGACCUUUCGACUCCAUUCAAACAACUUGUAUUGCGAUUGUCACCUCGCUUGGUUAUCUGACUGGCUGCGUCAGAGGCCCCGAGUUGGUCUCUACACUCAGUGUAUGGGACCCAUUCACCUGAGGGGACAUAAUGUUGCUGAGGUUCAGAAGCGAGAGUUCGUCUGCACUGAUGAGGAAGAAGGUCAGCAGUCAUUUAUGGUCCAUUCUUGUAGCGUCUUACAUUGCCCUGCUGCUUGUACAUGCAGCAACAAUAUUGUAGACUGUCGUGGAAAAGGGUUGACUGAGAUCCCCACUAACCUGCCAGAGACAAUAACAGAAAUGAGACUGGAGCAAAAUUCGAUCAAGGUCAUUCCUCCAGGAGCAUUCUCACCAUACAAGAAGUUGAGAAGAAUUGAUUUAAGCAACAACCAGAUUUCGGAAAUAGCCGCAGAUGCUUUCCAAGGCCUGCGUUCACUCAACUCCCUUGUUCUCUAUGGAAAUAAAAUCACAGAGCUCCCCAAAGGCGUAUUUGAAGGACUGUUCUCAUUACAGUUACUACUACUCAAUGCCAACAAGAUUAAUUGUUUACGUGUAGACUCCUUCCAAGAUCUGCACAACCUGAACCUUCUAUCUCUGUAUGACAACAAACUCCAAACCAUCGCCAAAGGCACAUUCUCCCCACUCCGUGCGAUCCAGACGCUGCAUUUGGCUCAGAACCCGUUUAUCUGUGACUGCCAUCUGAAGUGGCUGGCGGAUUAUCUCCAUACAAACCCUAUUGAGACCAGUGGUGCCCGCUGCACCAGCCCCCGCCGACUGGCAAACAAAAGGAUUGGGCAGAUCAAAAGCAAGAAAUUCCGCUGCUCAGCCCAAGAGCAAUAUUUCAUUCCAGGAAUUCAUCAUUUGGGCUGCACAGAAGACUACCGAUCCAAGCUCAGUGGAGACUGCUUUGCAGACUUGGCCUGCCCAGAAAAAUGUCGCUGCGAAGGAACCACUGUGGACUGUUCCAACCAAAAACUCACAAAAAUCCCCGACCAUAUUCCCCAGUACACAGCUGAGCUGCGCCUCAACAACAAUGAAUUCACAGUUUUGGAGGCAACUGGCAUCUUCAAGAAACUUCCCCAGCUUAGGAAAAUAAAUCUGAGCAACAACAAGAUAACAGAUAUAGAAGAAGGGGCUUUCGAAGGUGCUAAUGGCGUGAAUGAGCUAUUGCUAACUAGUAACCGCAUGGAAAAUGUUCGCCAUAAGAUGUUCAAGGGCCUGGAGGGACUGAAAACCCUGAUGCUCAGAAGCAAUCGCAUUAGCUGUGUGAAUAAUGACAGCUUCACAGGACUGAGCUCAGUUCGCCUCCUCUCCCUCUAUGACAAUCAAAUUACUACAGUGGCUCCAGGUGCAUUUGACGCGCUGCAUUCUCUCUCUACGCUGAACCUUUUAGCAAAUCCAUUCAAUUGCAACUGCCACCUGGCUUGGUUGGGUGACUGGCUUAGGAAGAAACGCAUUGUCACAGGAAACCCUCGAUGUCAAAAGCCCUACUUUCUUAAAGAAAUUCCGAUCCAGGACGUGGCUAUACAAGAUUUUACUUGUGAUGAUGGAAAUGAAGACAAUAGCUGUUCGCCGCUGUCUCGCUGCCCUGCCGAGUGCACAUGUUUAGAUACUGUCGUUCGGUGUAGUAACAAGGGACUGAAGUCUUUACCUAAAGGCAUCCCUAAGGAGGUCACAGAAUUAUAUUUGGAUGGAAACAUGUUUCCACUUGUUCCAAAGGAACUUUCUAACUUCAAGCACUUGACACUUAUCGACCUGAGCAACAACCGAAUCAGCACUCUUUCUAACCACAGCUUCAGCAACAUGACUCAGCUCUUAACCUUGAUUCUUAGUUAUAAUCGUCUAAGGUGCAUUCCACUUCGGGCCUUUGAUGGGCUGAAGUCUCUGAGACUUUUAUCCUUGCACGGCAAUGACGUCUCUGCUAUACCUGAAGGAGUAUUCAGUGAUCUUUCUGCCCUGUCACAUCUAGCUAUUGGGGCGAAUCCUCUGUAUUGUGACUGCAAUAUGCAGUGGCUUUCCGACUGGGUGAAGUCAGAAUACAAAGAACCUGGGAUUGCAAGGUGCUCUGGUCCUGGAGAAAUGGCGGAUAAGCUCCUCCUCACCACCCCCUCCAAAAAGUUCACCUGCAAUGAAAUUCCAGGGCCUUGUGGUUUUCCCAUCGCAGGGCCUGUUGAUGUUAACAUUCUUGCUAAAUGUAACCCCUGCUUAUCAAAUCCUUGCAAAAACGAUGGCACCUGUAACAAUGAUCCUGUAGAAUUCUACCGAUGCACAUGCCCCUAUGGCUUUAAGGGGCAAGACUGUGAUGUACCAAUCCAUGCUUGCAUAAGUAACCCAUGUCAUAAUGGUGGUACCUGCCAUUUGAAGGAAGGAGACAAAGAAGGCUUCUGGUGUGCUUGUGCCGAUGGAUUUGAAGGUGAAAACUGCGAGGUCAACAUUGACGACUGUGAAGAUAAUGACUGCGAGAAUAAUUCUACUUGUGUCGACGGCAUUAACAAUUACACGUGCCAUUGCCCACUGGAAUACACAGCUGCUAACUUGAAUGAGGUGGAAAAAGGUGAACUUUGUGAAGAAAAACUGGACUUCUGCUCCCAAGAUGUCAAUCCAUGUCAACAUGACUCAAAAUGCAUCCUGAUGUUGAAAGGAUACAAAUGUGACUGUACACCUGGAUACAUUGGGGAACACUGCAAUAUCGACUACGAUGAUUGUCAGGAGAAUAAGUGCAGAAACGGAGCCCGUUGUGUUGAUGCAGUGAAUGGUUAUACUUGUAUAUGCACAGAAGGAUACAGUGGCUUGUUCUGUGAAUCAGCGCCACCGAUGGUGUUACCUCGCACAAGUCCUUGUGACAACUUCGAAUGUCAAAAUGGAGCCCAAUGCAUUGUGAAAGGGAAUGACCCUUUGUGCCAGUGCUUGCCCGGCUAUCAAGGAAACAAAUGUGAAAAACUAGUCAGCGUAAAUUUUGUGAACAAAGACUCGUUUCUCCAAAUUCCUUCAACAAAGAUCCGCACUCAGGCCAACAUCACUCUGCAGGUUGCUACUGAUGAAGAUAGUGGGAUUGUGCUCUUUAAGGGUGACAGGGAUCAGGUAGCAGUGGAACUGUAUCGUGGGAGAGUGAGAGUUAGUUAUGACACUGGAAGCAACCCAGCAUCUGCCAUUUACAGCGUUGAGACAAUAAAUGAUGGAAAUUUCCAUGUGGUGGAGUUGGUUAACCUGGAUCAAACACUGUCACUGAUCAUUGACGGAGGAACCCCAAAAUCCAUUACCAAUUUACCAAAACAGUCGUUAUUGAGUGUUGACUCCACCCUUUACAUAGGAGGUAUGCCCCUGAAAAACAACAUUGCAGGUCUUCGACAGUCUUCAAGUAAAAAUGGCACCAACUUCCAAGGUUGUAUUAGGAACCUAUACAUCAAUAAUGAACUACAGGACUUCAGAAAGCUAAAUCUACAAGCUGGAGUUCUUCCCGGCUGUGAACCGUGCCAUAAAAAAGUCUGCGUCCAUGGCACAUGUCUGGCUACAAGCCAAGCUGGCUUCACUUGCGAAUGUGAAGGAGGAUGGACAGGACAACUCUGUGAUAUCCAGUCCAAUGAUCCCUGUCUGGGAAACAAGUGUGUCCAUGGCACAUGCCUCCCGAUUAAUUCAUUCUCUUAUAGUUGUAAGUGCCUUCAAGGCUUUGUGGGAGUUCUCUGUGAUGAAGCUGAAGAUCAGCCCAAUCCCUGCCAAUCCAUUAAAUGUAAACAUGGAAAGUGCAGGCUUUCGGGGUUAGGAAAAGCAUAUUGUGAAUGCAACAGUGGUUAUACAGGAGACAGCUGUGAUAAAGGGAAGCCAAUGAUUCUACUCUUAGCUUUAUCACAAACUUUGCUUUUCACCCUUCAGCUUUCACUGAUUUAUCCCAACGAAUUCCACAGAAAUCUCUUGCCGAGGGGAACGGAUCAGAGAUUACUACCAAAGGCAGCAAGGUUAUGCUGCUUGCCAGACGACCGAGAAGGUAUCCAGAUUAGAAUGCAAAGGAGGGUGCUCAAAUGGUCAGUGCUGUGGACCACUGAGGAGCAAAAGGCGGAAAUAUGCUUUUGAAUGCACAGAUGGUUCAUCCUUUGUGGACGAAGUUGAGAAAGUCAUAAAGUGCGGUUGUACAAAGUGCCCCUCCUAAACAUGUAAACACCACAAGUCUUUUGAAAAUGUUGUAUACCUAUUGACCAUGUUGGACUAAUUAAAGUUUCAUAGUGGAAAUAUUUGAAUUAUAUUGUAAAAUACAGAAGCAGACUUAUUUUUAUUAUGAGAGAGAAUUUUCCUCAGUCUUAAAAAAAAAGAAAAUGGAAAAAAAAAAAGAGAAUGAAUUGCUGAUGCCUGAACUUUUAAUAAGAGGAGCUGAAAUAGGAACUAAAAAAAAUUCUAUGGAGAUUCAGCUUCAUUAAGGGGUAAUGCAAUGUCUCUCGGACACAGUUACACGCUGAAGAUACAACUAGUAAUCAUUUGGCUGGGACAAAAAAAAAAGGCUUGUGAAAUUGGCCACUACAUAUCACCAUUUCCAGUUCUAUACUGGCACAGCUAUUGGAGUACCACACCAAUGUGACAAAGGAAAAGCUGUGAACGACGAGGGAUCAAAAUAUUUUUAUUCUUAUAUGUGAUGACUGAGCGGCGUAGCCAUUUGGAGAAACUGCAAACAUUCCAGUGAAUCCAGAAAAGAAUCAAGAUUUGGACUUUGAAUUUAGUUCCACUGAUUUUCCGAUAUUGAUUACGUUCAUGUGAAACGAUAGCACAAGCAUCUGACAAGUGUUCAACAAUCCCUUUACCAGUAUUAUUUUUGUUUUGUAAGAUAAUGUUAACUGGCUCAUUAGAGAAUAAAAUGUUGGGUAGUUUUUACCAUUAGGAACAACUGUACACGUUUUAAAGCAGUAUUCAGACUGAAAGAUAUGUAUUUAUUGUAUCAACGUACAGCACCCUUAACAUUUCUAGGCUCUCCCUUAAACUGUUUUUUGGAUGUUUUAAUAUAUAUAUAAAUAUAUUAAUUUAUAAUGAUCCUGAUAUUUUUCUAUUUUGAUAAAGAAUACUCAAAGUCAGGAUUUUUCUUUACAUUUUGUAAUAGAACUAACAUAAGUGAAAUGUCUUAGGCUAAUAUGUUCCGUCUGAUGAUCGUUCACUUGUGGUUGUUGGAUUACGUUUUUGCAGAGACGUUAUACCUGAAGAACUCACAACUUUACAAAAGACAAAAAUGUCUCUUCGCACGGAAGCUUCAGAAUCAAAACAUAAUAUAAUUUUAUGUUUACGUGAAAUUUGAAAUUGUGUACUGGAAAAGAAAUUUUAAUACAGAAAUUCUCCAAAUCAAUAUUGCUAUAAAGUUUAUGUUUCUUUUAGAGCAGAAUACUGUGAUUUUUUUAUGUUCCCCUUUAAUAAAACUACUAUAGUA